AUGAUUAUGAAGACGACGGCCAGGUACCAACUGAUACCUAACCGCUGCACAUCAGGGUCACGCCGGCGGCCACGGUUACAGCAGGACCACCGCCCCCAGCAACUGCUGACUUCCGAGUCGGAGCGUCUUCCGCGCCGAACUACAAUCCCCGGCAUGCACUGCAGCGCCCCCAACCCUUGCCGGAAGGCGAGGCCCAGGAAAGAGGCGGCCGCGUCGCCCGGCCCGCGGGUGCCCAUGUUUUCCUUCCGCCAAAGGGCUUCCCCCCAGCCUCGGACUGAGCAUUUCCGGGGUCCCGAGACCGCCGCUCGCGCCAAAGCGCCGCCGCCCCUUCAGGAGUCCCCCGGGCAACGGAGCCAUACUAACUUUCUGUCAGGCUUUGGCGCCCGGCGCGCCGUCAGUGACGGCAUGCGGGGGGUGGGCGUUCCGGCCGGGGAGGACCCCGCCGCGGCCCCGGAAGCGCCUCGUCUUGGGCGACAGUGGUGGCGGUCGCCGUGA